UCGGAUAGACCACAUGGAUGCACAUUUUGUGACAGGAAAUUUCGUAAAUUGGAACAUCUAAUGAGGCAUAUCCGGACACAUACAAAAGAAAAGCCUUACUCGUGUCAUUGUGGAUCUUCGUUUACUAGGCGAGAUAUCCUGAAACGCCACAGCCGCCUUGCUCAUCAGGUUGCAGCGCAGGCGGAGGGUGACCGAUCAAGAACUCGGGAUGGUGACGCUGCGGCAGAGGCUGAAGGCAUGCGAUGCAGCUAG